AUGACAAUAGUAAUUGACAGAGACAAUAAACCUCAUCCUUACCAUCCUAAUGUUCAUCAUCAUAAUAAUUCUUCUCCUAACCGACAAUCGCAACCACCACCGCAAUUGCAACAAAAUUUGAUCACUGAUUAUACAAUUGCUCGUAAAUCUUCAACUAUUAAAGGCAUUCUUAAUCAUCCUUCCAAGACUAUUAAUGACUUGUGGAAUAAUGAGAAUGAAAUGACGAGGAAACAAUAUCAUCAUGUUUCUUUUGGCGGUGUUUGUUUGAAUAGAGGAAGUGGUAGUAGUGAUAGCUCAUCGUCAGAAUCUGAAGAUUAUAAAAGUAUCAGAGUUGAAAAUAUUUACGAAGAGGAAGAUGAUGAUACAACUGAUUCACCUAUCAACUCUUCUGCAUUAUCUUCUUCUCCCAUUUUACAAUACCAACAUAAAAAUCUCAAUUAUGAAGUUGAAAGUAACGAUAAUGAUGCUGAUGAUAAUUUAAGUGAUUAUUCUGAUAGUUAUUGGGUGACAAAUCCUGAUGAAGAAAUCUUUGUUUUUAAUAGUAGUAGAGAAAUACAACUUUUACGAAUCAAAAAAAAUGUUUUGAGUCAUUUUUGA